AUGAGCUGGACAAGCCGCCUACUAUCGUUUUCACGCGAUGAGCGAGUAAUUUUAUUGACCAUCAGCCUGGCCACGUUUGGCUUGGUUAGCUCGAUGAUCACAGCUCUCACCUUCAUCCGAGACGACAAUGAAAUCCCGCCUUCGGAGCCCAAGACCCAGUACAUCACGCAGGAUACGGAAGAUUCGCUUCAGCUAGAUACGCUAGAAAAGCUCUUGGACCAUCCCAAUUUUUCAAUAAAGGAAAUUGCCAUCAAGAUACUUUGCGAUAGAGCUGCCAACGACCCUGAAGUGAUUAAGUAUAUCUGGUUCGGCAUCACUCGUCCUGAAUAUGAAGAGCGCAUGAACUCUCUCAGAACACUGGCUGUGUUAACGAGCCAAACUGGUAACGAGGGAUUGGCAAGACUGCAUGAUGAGAGGGCAUAUUCAGCCUUGGUGAGGUGCAUGGAGCUGUGCAUGGAAAGCACCGACCUCCCGAUUGUUACUGAUAUCCACUGGGAUGAAUACUACCUGCGUGAUAUGGGCGAGAGAUUCUGCCUCAUGUUUCUAACAGAGCUGAUCAACAAAUACGGGGCGACCAUGCUUGUCAAAGCUAAAUUUGUCGAGAAGUGGCUUUCAAAGCAAGAUUGGGGGAGCACUGGAGAGGAAAGACGGCGCAACUUUAAAGACUACACAGAUCUUCGGAACAACAGAAUAACGGACAUUAUUAAUCGCAUCAAGCACUCCCGGCGUGGACUACGUGCCUUGGAAAAAGCCGGGUUGAUCGACAAGGAAAGCUCUCGACGGCGAAUGAGGGAGCUUCCUGACCUUCUCAUGGAAGUGGAAGAGGAAAUAGUGGGAGAGCAGGCAGGAGAGCAGCAAAGUCGACGGACUAGGGAACAUUCCGCCGAGGAACAGAGACUUCGACGCCAGCAUCGCGAGGCUAUGGUUUUGAAUGACGGAACACGGCCCCUGGGACGGGAGGAUAUAAUCGAACGAGAUGCAUCUCCGUCGUGA